UGUCAAUUACCAUUUCUAUGGUCAAUAAUUCUACCAAACCAAAUGAUCUAAAAACUGUCACAUGAAAAAACACACACACACAAACACAAAAUUGAAUAAUUCUGGCCAUGUCGUACACAAUUCUGAUGCUAUAUUUCUUCUUCAAUCUCGUAAACUCGGACAAAAACGUCGAUUCUGGAUUCGCCUUCGACGGAUACUUCAAACUGGACGGAGUUCAGACAGCCGAAAUGAACAGUUCCUCCUUAUCAUCCCACGUAGUAUACGCGGACGGCGGCUUAAGCGAAGCAUGUCAAGUCUACUACAGUUUUCCACUUCAGUUCAAGAACUCAACAACCGGUUCUGUUUUCUCCUUUUCGACCACUUUUAUCUUCGCGGUAGUAGCCAACAAUCCCGAUUUCAGCGGCCACGGACUUGCUAUCGCGAUUUCGCCUUCGAAUGGUAUUCUUGAAGCACAACCAAACCAAUACCUCGGCCUAUACAAUGCGACAAGCAACGGAAAGAACUCGAACAAUAUUCUUGCUGUUGAGCUCGACACGGAUCAAGAUUUUCAGUUCAAAGACAUAGACAGUAAUCAUCUCGGGAUCGACAUAAGCGGAUUAGUCUCUGUAGAAUCUGCUUCUGCAGGUUACUAUACUAACGAUCGCCGAUCAAAUUUCAAGAAACUUGAUCUCAAAAGCGGAAGACCAAUGCAGGUUUGGGUUGAAUAUAACAGUAUAAAUCAUCAACUAAACGUCACGAUUCAUCCGAUUAAUAAACCGAAGCCUCAUCAGCCUCUUCUGAGUUUAACUAGAGAUCUUUCUCCGAUUUUCUUUGAGGAAAUGCAUAUUGGAUUCUCAUCCUCUAGUGGGUCAAGAUCAACUCACUACAUACUGGGUUGGAGCUUCAAGAUGAACGGGGAAACCGAGUUGAUUAGUCUGUCGAAAAUUCCUGAUAAUUCUGGAAUUAAGCUUGGAGAUGAAGGUGAUGAUGGAGAUAAAAAGUAUCGGAACGUGCAGAAGAUGUUGGCGGUAAUAUUAUCGUUUGUGGGAUGCAUUUUCGUGCUGAUCUUGAUUUUUGGUGCGUUAUUGAUAUCAAGAAGGAGGCGGUUUAUUCAAGUUCUUGAAGAUUGGGAAGUGUUAUAUGGUCCAUACAGGUUUACUUACAAAGACUUGUUCAUUGGUACCAAAGGAUUUGGAGACAAACAGCUUCUUGGAAAAGGAGGUUUUGGCAGAGUAUACAGAGGAACUCUGCCUUUUUCAAGUGUUCAAAUUGCUGUGAAGAGAAUAUCUCAUGAUUCUUCCCAAGGAAUGAGAGAAUUCGUAGCGGAAAUUGCGACAAUUGGGCGUCUUCGGCAUCCGAAUUUGGUUAGACUUAUCGGAUAUUGUAGGAGAAAGAAUGAACUUUUCUUGGUUUAUGAUUAUCUGCCUAAUGGAAGCCUUGACAAGUUUCUUUAUUCCGAACCGAGCAGUGUACUUAGCUGGAAACAGAGGUUCAAGAUCAUUAAAGAUGUUGCAUCUGCACUUUUUUACUUGCAUCAGCAGUGGAUUCAAGUGGUGAUUCAUAGAGACAUCAAGCCUGGCAAUGUACUCAUCGACAACGAUAUGAAUGCAAAAUUAGGAGAUUUCGGACUCGCCAAGCUAUGGGAUCAUGGAAUCGAUCCUCAAACAUCACAUGUUGCAGGUACUCCAGGUUACAUAGACCCUGAAAUAGUGCAAAGUGGGAAGUCGAACACUUGUACAGAUAUAUACGCAUUCGGAGUAUUUAUGCUCGAGGUUAGUUGCGGAAGAAAGCCGGUGGAGCCUCGAACAUCACCGGAUAAAGUAAUGCUGAUUGACUGGGUUAUGAAUUGUUGGGAUGAAGGCACUAUUUUGGAUACAGUCGAUAGCCGGCUAGGAAAUGAAUAUGUGGCACAUGAAGUUGAAUUGGUCUUGAAACUUGGGUUGUUGUGCUCACAUCCUGUGGCUGCAGCUAGACCAAGUAUGUCCAGUGUAGUUCAGUUUUUAGAUGGGGUUGUUCAGUUGCCGGAUAAUUUAAAUGCCAUAGUUAAAGAGAGAGAUUCCGGUGAUCGGUCCGGUCUAAGAAGUUUAACGCAUGAUUUUAUUUCUGCGCAAGUUUCAGUUCCUUCUGUCAUAUUUACAGAAUCAUUUACAAAUAAUGGUCGGUAAUGUAUUUAAUUUAUAGAACCGUGAUGGCCAUUUUUUUUGUGAUUCUUUGUGUAAAUAUUUUGUAUUGAAACUAUAUUAAUUACCUUUUUUAUAGGCUAAUUUUUAUUUCAUCUGCA